ACAGGUGGUAGGAGACUAGUAUCUGUACAGUCAUUCUUGACGGCCAAGAGGAAUCGGUCGUCGGUUGUUCCGAACUACAUGUACGAUAUACAUACGUUCUUAUGAGCCCCACAAUAACAGUGCUAAUAAUUUGAUAGUAGGUGUAUUGUUAUAAUCAGCAGUUUUUUAAGCAGCACUGCUGUAGCUCAGCAUGACUAAAAUAUCGCCAGCAUUAUUGAAACAGUUAUGGCUGACGUUUGGCGCAUCGCUGUCAUUUCUAAUCAUAGGAUUGGUGAGGGGUUACUCCGCCUCCGCGAUCCCGUCCAUCGAGGCCACCGAUCCGGAUAUCAUACAGACCAGUGAACAGAAAUCAUGGAUAGGAGCUAUUCCACCACUGGGCGCUUUCCUAGGCAGCAUGAUAUCCGGAACUCUAAUGCAACGUUUGGGUCGCAAGCGCACUUUGCAGCUCACAUCUCCUAUCUGGGUGGCUGCGUGGCUAAUCCUGGGUUUUGCCAAGUAUUACCCAUUGCUGCUGGUGGGCAGAAUCAUCACAGGAGUCGGAGUUGGCUUCGUAUUGGCUACAGCGCAAGUUUAUGUGAGUGAAUGCUGCGACCCUGAGAUUCGCGGUCGGCUAGGAUCACUGCCGACCCUGUCCAUGUCUUUGGGGAUCCUGAUAUCAUACGUGGCCGGCAACUGGCUCUACUGGAGAUACCUCGCCUUCCUGUCCGCUGUGUUUUGUGUGGCGUUGUUCGUGGUUCUCCUACCUCUACCAGAGUCUCCCGUUUGGCUGCAGUCCAAGGGUUUGGAUGCGUCGGAAUCUAUCAAGUGGUUGCAUCUGUCGGCAAGAGCUACUGCUACUGUUAAGGAAGAUAAUCAGGAGAAAGCCGAAGCCCCAACAGGACCACCGAGCCUGUUUACGCGUAAAGUGAUGUUCUCUCCCGUGGUGCUGAAGCCCAUGAUCAUAGGGUUCGCCUUGCUACUGUUCCAGCAGUUCAGCGGCAUAGAUGCCGUUAUAUUCUUCACUGUAGAGAUCUUUAGGAAUGCUGGUAGCACAUUAGACGCGAUGACAGCAACCAUUAUAAUAGGAUUGGUACAACUCCUAAGCAAUGGAGUCAGUACACUGCUGGUAGACCGAACUGGCCGCAGACCAUUGUUGCUGAUCUCUGCAGCUGUCAUGUGUGCCUCCAUGGCAUCCAUGGGAGCAGCCUUCUAUUUCCACUUGAAGGAAUCUCCGUGGCUUGGGUACCUUCCUAUAGCGAGUCUAGUGGUAUUCAUGCUGGGUUUCUCCCUCGGUUUCGGCGGUCUCCCGUUCCUGUUACUAGGAGAACUGUUCCCGGCACAGUAUCGCUCGCAGCUGUCGGCGAUGGCCAGUGCUGUCAACUUGCUGUCUAUGUUCUCCGUUAUCAAGUCGUACCAUGCCCUUGAUGCGGUACUGGGAUCAGCGGGUACAUUUUGGUUGUACUCGUGUUUCUGCGCAGUGGCGUUUUUCUUCGUACUGUUCAUGGUGCCUGAGACCAAAGGUAAGUCUCUCGCGGAGAUCGAGCAACACUUCCGCAGAGGAGGCAAGGAUAAGCCAGAGAAGGUUAACAUGCAAACAGUAUUGUAGUUUUAUGAUUAUAAACCGAAUUAUUCGUAUACAGUUAAGAAUGUGUGAUCGACAGAAAUAAAAAUAUUUGACUUUUAAUAAUACAAUUUUUAAAAUGUUAUCGAAUUUCUGUCAAAAGAUCAUUGUUACAUGUGAGGUAGGUCAUCAAUACAACACUCGAAAAGGACCAAAAUACCUGAAUAAAAAGAUCUAACGACAUCGAAAAUACAAAACAUAAUCUGGGUUGAAAAUUCUAUGCCGUCUUACACUCUUAACUGAAUAAAAUAAAUUGGUUAGAUCUAAAAAACCCUAUAAGUGCCACUUGUGAUUAUUAGUAAGAUUAGAAAGAGAUAGACAAAUCUUGUUGUAUUAUAAGAUUAGAGGUUCCAACGAAUAUAGUAGUAAUUUUAUAUGUAAGUAGCUUAAUAUAAUCCUCAUCUUCCGAUCGUUCUUAAUAUUAAAGAGACAGUAUUAAUUGGUAAAGAGUAUCAAUAUUUGUUUGGUGAUAAAGUUGAUUUCUGUAUAUA